AUGUCCAACAUCAUCAACGUCUUCAAUCCUCCGCCCUCCCGCCUGCUAGGCGACGAGGAGUGCCUCGGGUGCACGGCUGUGCAGCUGGUGGUUUGUCUAGGCGGCGGAGGCUACUUUUUGCUGUCUCUUCCUUUCAAAGGCAAGAACGGCACGGUGGACUUGAGAAAACAUCCGAUCUGGUUCCAGAGAGGAGUCCGUGGCGUGGGCAUUGGUCUUGUGGCCUUGGGCAUGUACCGUUUGGGCGAGGUGGUGCAGAUCUACUCGAAGCGAAGAAGGAAAGAGGAGGCGGCGCUUCAGCCCAGUGUGAGAAACAAAACAAGGGCUUAUGGAACAAAGCCUAGAGACUGGUCCAUGCAAAGAAACCCACCCACGCAACACAUCCCAACAAGUUUGGAGAGGGAAGGAAACGCCCUUUGA